AGUUAAUUAAUAAACUAAAGUAGAGGGGGGUAUAUAUGAACAUUUUCCUCACUUUGGAAAAUUGCAACAUUGCGACAGCUAACAGCCAGCUGAAGAAGAAAAGAAAAGAGAUGGAAGGAGAAGUAGUACAACUGUACGAGCUUCCCUACUCUGAUUUAAUGCAACUGUCUUCAGACAAAUCUUUAUUAGCAGAAUCAAAUGACUCAAUUACCAGAAAUGUAAUGGAAAACCUAGGGCCAGAUGGACCAGGACUUGUGGCAAUCACAGGUGUUCCAGAAGCUUCCAAUCUCCGUGGAACUCUUCUGCCUUUAGCUCCAAAACUUGCUCUUCUCAAUAAUGAUCAUCGCAACCGCCUUCUUAAGGAACACAAUCUGGGAAGUGAUGUUUCUUUGAAGAAUCCGAAUAGAAAUGUCUCCUCUUUUUCCAUGCAAUUGAAAUAUGAGCAGUGCUUUGAAAGAAGUGACUGUCUGGUUGAUGAUGUAGAAUUUGGUAAUCGGGAUAAUGAAGAGGUUGAUCAGGAUGAGUUUAAGAAAUUAGGUUGCACCUUUAAGGAGCUAGGAUAUUGCAUGAUGGACCUAGGGCUUCGUCUUGCACAAAUAUGUGAUAAGGUCAUUGGGGGUCAAGAGCUGCAACAGAGCUUACUAGAGUCUGGCACAGCUAAAGGGCGUCUAAUCCAUUACCAUUCCGCUGUUGACAAUGAUAUUGUUAGAGAAGCUGCUAAAAGAAAUGGACAGGCUAAAGCAAAAAAUGGAAAAGUCAAUAAGAAUGAGGUAUCGAAAGACCAAUCAAAUGGUUAUGGUCUAUGGCAGCAGUGGCAUUAUGAUUAUGGUAUUUUCACUCUCUUAACAGUUCCUAUGUUUCUGUUGUCCUCUCACCAAGAAACACCAGCAGCUAUAAAUAACAAUUCACCGGUUUCUUCUGAGCAUGAAUUCCCCUCGCCCUGUGGGCACACAUAUCUUCAAAUAUUUGAUCCCAAAAAGAAUCAGGUCUUCAUGGUGAAGGCACCUUCAGAGAGUCUCAUUCUGCAGGUUGGAGAAGCAGCUGAUAUAUUAUCUAAGGGGAAGCUACGAGCAACACUUCAUUGUGUUUGUAGACCACCAAAGGUCAAUAACUUGAGCAGGGAAACAUUUGUUGUCUUCUUGCAGCCAGCAUGGAGCAAAAAAUUCUCUCUUUUGGAUUACCCACUUGAACUUUUAGCUUUAAGUGGUCAGCAGUGCGGGGUAUGUACUAAAGGGACUGAACAGUCUACGCACGUGUCGAAGGAAUUAAGUCAUGAUAUUCAAAAGAUUGUUCCACCACUUUUAUCGAGGAUGAAAGAUGGGAUGACAUUUGCAGAAUUUUCUCGUGAAACUACGAAACUAUACUAUGGUGGUAAAGGCUUACAGUCCAACGGAUAGGCUUUCUGUGGAUAUCUUUAUAUGCCCGGAGGUGCCAUCCAGCUGGACAAUGUUAAACUGGUGUUUACGAAGGGUCAAUUUCUCUGUCUCAGAGAUAACGCUAGGUAAAGAAGUGACAUGCACUUAUACUGUGAAUUCAUUUCCCAUUGAGGUAUACAUCUGAGGAAGAAAAAUGAGACAUGUCCUGUUAGAUGUGAUUUUGGUAAAAGCAAAAUUAAAAACUUUAUUAGAGUAUGAAUUUACCAGGUAAUUGAAAUGCUUGUUAUGGUUCACUUUCUAUGGCAACAAAGAACUUUGUGUUUGGAACUUCUUCAACAGCCCGGUUGUGUGUCAAUGGUUCAAUGUGCCCCAGGCAGAAAAAAAGUACUCUCUGCAACUGUGCACCAUGCUUAAGCAUGACUGCUGGAAAACAUAUCUUGUGACUUGUACUUGGAUGCCUUUGCCUCCCUGAACUUUGGAUUUCUCAGAUCUACCUUAAAAUUAUAUGUCCUAGUCAUAGAUUUUCUUCUGCUGGUACUUGCAGAUGGCCAAAAGGUAGGCAUAAUGGAGUUUAUGGGCUUGGGCCUCAUCCACAUGCUCUACAGGUACAUUUGAUUAGCCCAAAGGCUCUCGUGGCUUUGGACUUGCACCAGAACUGGCUAAUUUCCCUGUUAUCUUCAUCAUGUCUAAAUAAUGGUAACAUGUUUUUAAAGAAGAAGAUCAAAUAAGUAAAAGCAUUUCAUUGUUACCAUUUACAAUAGAAAUAUUGGAAUAUUCAGAAGUACAAUGAUUAAAUUUCUUAAAGAUGUGCUAAUAUAAAAAUGAUAUACUUGAAAUGGGAAACCACAGCUCUUCUUGGAAGGAGAAUGUGGACGAUCAGUACCUUGUUCAGAUUCCUGAUACUGCCCACCAAGUCAGCAAUGGUCUCUUUCUCUUCUUCCUUUCUUCGCAUGCUUUUUCAUUACUUGACCUUGUAUUUGCUUUCUUACAUUGUCGAAAGUUGCUUUUGUGAAUUUGAAUUGAUGAAAGGAAAUGGGACCUUUUUGAGGCCAGUAAUCCAUUGUUUUUCAGCUGGCUCCUUCACAUCUUUAAAUUCCUUGACUUCUCUCCUCAAUAAAAUCUUAUAUCUUUGUGGCGUU